CAGCUGGCGGCCAUGGCCCGCAGCGACCCCGCCUCGCUGGCCGCCGUGUGCAACUUCUGUGUGGGGCGGCGCGGCGUGGGCGCGGUGCGCUGGCUGGAGCCCAGCGAUGUGCGGGGGCUGGACCUGGACGCCACUGUGCAGCUCAGCAAGGGCAGCAUCGAGGUCUAUCUGGACGAGGCCUCCAAGCCCGAGGUGGGUCGCGGCCUGAACAAGGCGGCCGAGGUGACGAUGCUGCGCAUACACCGCCUGGACAAGGACAGCGGCAAGCCCACCACCGACCCAGAGGCCAUAGACAGGUUUGCUCGCAAGCUGAAGAAGCUGACAGCGGAGCAGGGGGCUCGCUUUGUCAGCUACGACGCCGCCAGCGGCACCUGGAAGUUUGAGGUGGAGCACUUCAGCAAGUAUGGGCUGCUGGGCAGCGAUGGGGAGGACAGCGACGAGGAUCUGGGUGCC